AUGUCUUGGGAACCCCAGCAGGAGCCGCUGCGGCAGCUCGCUCAGUGUCUCAAGGACUCACUCAGCGGCCAUGACCAAAAUGCGCAAAAGAAUGCGGAGCUUAUGCUCGCGCAAGCAAAGCGCGCCCCCGACAUCGAGAACUAUCUCGUCUGCCUCUUCACCAACUCCCAGCCCCCCGCUGGCAUCGACCUUACUCCCGAAUACUACAGCCUGGCGAGAAGUGCCGCGGCAAUCAUGUUGAAAAACGAUAUCAAGACACACUACAAGUCGAUCCCCGAUGACAGCAAGGCUUUCAUCCGGUCGACCAUUCUGAACGCGCUCCAAGACCCCAGUGAACAGAUGCGGAACUAUGCAGGGAACGUGAUCACCGAAGUUGUGCGACAGGGCGGCAUCCUUGGGUGGCCCCAGAUUCUUGCGGAGCUCAUCUCAUUGGUUUCCAACCAGAGCGGCUCUGUUUCACCGGAGACUCAAGAGGGUGCCAUGGGCGCGUUACUCAAGAUAUGCGAGGACAACAGGCGCGCCCUGGAUCGGGAAUACCAGGGCCAACGCCCGCUGGAUUUCAUCUUCCCCAAGCUACUGGACUUCACCAACAGUCAACGCCCCAAGGUUCGUGCCAAUGCUUUGGCAGCCAUCAACGUCUUCGUCCCCGACAAGCAAACCGCCGUGGUCUCCAGCCUCGACGCUCUUCUCUUGGCGCUCUUCCGCCUCGCCAGUGACAACAGUGGUGAGGUCCGGAAGCAUGUCUGCCGAGCUUUCGUUCACAUCGCCGAGAUCAGUCCGGAGAAGAUCGUCCCGCACAUGGAAGGUCUGGUGGACUACAUGGUCACUCAGCAGCGCUCCGUGGAUGACCCGGAGCUCGCACUAGACGCAGCUGAGUUCUGGCUGUGCGUGGGUGAAGAUGACAAUCUGCGAAACUCACUUGGCCCUUAUCUUCCCAAGAUUGUGCCUGUUCUCCUGGAGAGCAUGGUCUAUAGCGAAGACGACAUUCUUCGACUUGAAGGCGAGAGGGAUGAUGCUGAACAGGAGGAUCGCGAGCAGGACAUCAAACCUACUUUUGCCAGCUCCAAGGCCAACCGGUUCACCACGGCGAACGGAGAUACACCGGAUCCUGACAAGAGCGUGGUUCCAAAAUCUUUUGGCGAAGAUGACUUGAGCGAUGGCGAACUCGAGGACUUCGACGAUGAUGACGAUGACGAGGAUGGAUUGGACCCGGAAGAUCAAUGGAACUUGAGGAAGUGCUCGGCUGCCGCCCUGGACGUCCUCGCUUCAGUUUUCCACCAACCCGUGUUCGAGGUCACACUCCCUUACCUCAAGGAGAACCUUGUUCACGCCGAGUGGCCAAACCGCGAAGCUGCAGUCUUGGCACUCGGGGCCAUUGCCGAUGGCUGCAUGGACGUAGUCCAGCGUCAUCUUCCGGAGCUCACUCAAUACCUCAUUACUUUACUUCAGGACAAAGAGCCUGUUGUACGCCAAAUCACCUGCUGGUCGUUAGGUCGGUAUUCCUCCUGGGCGGCGCACCUUGAACCAGCCGGCCAGAGACAAUUCUUUGAGCCGAUGAUGGAUGGAAUCUUGAAGAGGAUGCUGGACUCCAACAAGCGGGUUCAAGAAGCUGCCGCUUCUGCUUUCGCCAACCUGGAGGAAAAGGCCAAUGCCCAACUGACUCCGUACUGCGCGGUAAUAGUUCAGCAAUUCGUUGAAUGCUUCGCAAGGUACAAGGACCGCAACAUGUUCAUCUUGUACGACUGCGUUCAGACUUUGGCAGAGCAUGUCGGCCCUGCACUAAAGGCUCCUGACCUCGUCAACCUCCUCAUGCCCACCCUCAUCGAGCGUUGGAACAAGGUUUCAGACAACUCGAGGGAGAUGUUCCCGUUGCUGGAAUGCCUAUCUUACGUGGCCACUGCCCUCGGCGACCUCUUCGCCCCUUUCGCCAAACCGAUUUUCACGAGGUGUAUCAACAUCGUACACCAGAACCUGGAGGAGUACUUCCAGGCUACUGCCAACCCUGGUCUUGAUGAGCCAGACAAGGACUUUCUGGUCACAAGCCUGGAUCUUUUGAGCGCAAUCAUCCAGUCACUUGAAGAGGCGAAGAGCUCAGAGCUGGUGGCGACUUCCCAGCCCAACAUGUUUGAGCUAUUGGCUUAUUGCAUGAAAGACGUAAAUAAUGACGUGCGUCAGUCUGCCUACGCUCUGCUUGGCGACUGUGCAAUCUACGUCUUUCCUCAACUUCAGCCUUUCCUUCCAUCAAUCCUGGAGAUUUUGACGGCACAGCUUGACCUGGACCACACCGUGGCUAGCGUGGAGGACAACGGUUUCUCUGUUGUCAACAACGCUUGCUGGUCUGUUGGUGAGAUUGCGAUGCGCCAGAGGGAAGGCAUGGCGCCUUACGUUGAGCGACUUCUUCAGAAGCUUGCCACGAUUCUCUUCAACGGCAAGGUCCCGAUGUCAUUGAAUGAGAAUGCGGCUAUAGCUCUCGGCAGGCUGGGCAUUGGCAACGCUCAGGCGCUUGCCCCGCAUUUGGGAACAUUUGCGCCAUACUUCAUCAACGCCAUAAAACAUGUCGAUUGGACGGAUGAAAAGGGCCACGCACUGAAUGGAUUCAUCAACAUUGUCCUGCAAAACCCGCAGGCCAUGGAGCAGUGCUUGCUCGACUUCUUCGCGGAGAUGGCGUCGGCGCCGAGCGAGUUUCUCUGCACGCCCAACCCGGACGGGCCGGCAGAACCGUUCUCGAGGGCCCUCAUGCAAUACAAAAACAUGAUCCCGGACUUCGACGCAUUCCUACACCACCUGCCUCCGGACAAGGAGCAGGCGCUACGGCAGACGUAUCACUUGUGA